AAGAGGAGCCCUUAGUUGUCAAGAUUAAAGAUACUUCGACUGGAGAAGUUACAACUCAAAAGAUGCAACCAGAUCGAGUUUGGAAUUUGAAAAAAAAUCAAAAAAUCAUGGUGGAACUCAACGGAGAUGGACAAGGAAGUGAUAAUGGUUCAAACUUACUUGUGAAAUUUCUUGGCAAACUUUCUCAAAAGUCAGUAUUUUGUCUCAUAUCAGUUGAGAGAUGGGAUAGGAUGCCAGAGGCAAAAACACGCCUUCAGUGGCAGCUUAUUGAGGAGAAUUUCGAGUUUGAUUAUGCUGUUGGAAUUAAAUGGGUGAUGUAUUCUUUACGCGAUAGAUGGAGGGCCUAUAAAUAUAAGUUAAGAUGUGACCACUUUUAUCCUAACAAACGUAAGGAAGAGAUACUUGCUAAUCGUCCGGCAAACGUGGAUUCUAAUGAUUGGACUGAUUUUGUUCAUCACUAUAAAGAAGAUAAGAUGAAGGCUUUGAAUUUACUAGUUGUAGGUACUUUUUGA